UGUCUCGUGCUCUUGGUGUACCCUCCAGCAAGAUAAGAACUUGGGACUUUAAACAACUACCAGUUGCUUGUUAUCUAUCUUCACCAUCACUGCUUCUCUCGUAUAAACGGACACUUUGAGGCUCCCGGCUGCAGCAGCCAACGGUGUUCUGCUGCGGGCCUAGCUACCUUAGCUUUGCUCCCUACCCUGCCCUGCCCUGCCCGUCCUGCCCCUUUGGCCCCUUAUUACAUACAUCAAGCAUCGAUAUCACGUCCUCGCGGCCUGCUUCUGACCCAUUCAUUCGCUUCCAAUUCUCUUCUCCUUCCUCGGCCCUUCCGUGCCAUACCGAGGAAUUAGUUCCAUCGGCAUCUCUGCCAAAUAAAACCAGCCCAGUGGCGCACCGUUUCUUGGACCCUGACCAGCCAAAAAGCGAUUUGAUUUGUUAUGUCGCCACCACCUUCUUUCAACAUUAUAACGUUCGCUACUUUUGUUUAUUUCACCCACACCAUUUUCCAUUUUUAUUCUUGUUUGUUUCAAUCUCAUGUCUCAGGCAUCAUUAUCGCCUACCAAUGAUUCCAAGAUGAACACGGCUACAGCGACGGGCACUCGCCUUGAUGACCCCGCGAAUGGCGUCACUCGCAGAACAGGAGGGGAGGAUGGGGGAGUUGUGAAAAAGACGGACCAAUUGAAUGGCAAUUCCAACACGGAAACAACAAUUUCAACACCAGAGAAACCGAAACGAUCAUAUCGUAGCAGAAAGUACCGCCAUGUCGAAGCUAUUCAUUCUGAGUCGCAACCCUCAUGUCUUAGCCAUGACACAACCGAGACACCCAGCUUUUUGGGGUUUCGCAACCUCAUGGUGAUUGUCCUGGUAGUUGGCAACCUCCGUCUUGUCAUUGAAAACAUUCAAAAGUAUGGCGUCCUCAUCUGCCUCAACUGCCAUGACUUCCGCCCCACCGACCUCCAAAUCGGCAUCUUCCUCUACUUCCUCAUCCCAUGCCACCUCUUCCUCGCCUACUUCAUCGAGCUCGUAGCCGCCCACUCAGCCCGCAGCUCCCUAUUCCCAAAACCCAAACCCUCCCCCUCAGGAACCUCCAGUCCCACCGAAGCCCAGCUCUCCAAGUUCCAAUCCACCUGGACCCUCAUCUGGAUCUUCCACGCCCUCAACAUCACCACCUGCCUUGUUUUGACGACUUACGUAGUCUGGUACCACGUUCACCACCCCCUCAUCGGCACCCUCUCCGAAGUCCACGCCAUCAUCGUCUGGCUCAAAACCGCCAGCUACGCAUUCACCAACCGCGACCUCCGCCACGCCUACCUCCACCCCGUCACUGGUGAACUCGACGCCCUCCCGGAAUUAUAUAGGGAGUGCCCCUACCCCAACAACAUCACCUUUACGAAUCUAGUCUACUUUUGGUGGGCACCAACCCUGAUCUACCAACCCGUCUACCCGCGCACCUCCAAAAUCCGCUGGGUGUUUGUGGCCAAACGGCUCGGCGAGGUUGUCUGCCUCUCGGUGUUUAUAUGGUUCUGCUCCGCGCAGUAUGCCGCCCCGGUGUUGAUCAACUCGCUCGAUAAAAUCGCCUCGUUGGAUUAUUUCAGUAUAAUCGAACGCCUCCUCAAACUGAGCACCAUCUCCCUCGUCAUCUGGCUAGCCGGAUUUUUUGCAUUAUUCCAAUCCUUCCUCAACGCCCUGGCGGAAAUCACAAGGUUUGGGGAUAGAAGUUUUUACGAAGCGUGGUGGAAUAGUGAGGGGUUGGGGAUGUACUGGCGGACGUGGAACAAGCCAGUGUAUCAGUUUUUCCGGCGUCACGUCUAUUCCCCUAUGCGCUCGAGGGGGUACACGCACAAGACUGCGAGCUUUGCGGUUUUUUUCCUGAGUGCGGUUUUGCAUGAGUUGCUGGUUGGUGUACCUACUCACAAUCUCAUCGGUGUCGCCUUUCUGGGCAUGUUCUUACAGCUACCUCUCAUCCAAAUAACCCAACCGCUGGAGAAAAGAAAGUCGUCGAGCGGGAAGCUGCUGGGCAACACCAUCUUUUGGGUCUCUUUCACGAUAUUCGGACAGCCGUUCGCAGCGCUCAUGUACUUUUAUGCUUGGCAGGCCAAGUACGGGAGCGUGAGCAGGCAGCAGCAGCACCAGAGCGUCCAGGCUGUUUGUCCCGCUCCUCACUGAUUUCUUUUUUUCCCGUUAUAUAUAGGGGAGUGAUCGUACAAGUUGCUGUUGUAUAUAGCCGGACAGUAAUGACAAGUAGAUGGAAAUGAGAAAAUUCACACGUUUUAAUACACUAACCACCACUUUGAUCUCAAAAA